ACAGCAAGCAGCAUAUUCCAUUUUUAUUUUCUGAAACGGUUCUUCUGUGACGCGACGAUGUGGAUUUACAAGCUCAUGUUCGGACUCUUCGUCAUUACUUGUUCUGAGGGCAGAAGAAACGCUCUCCAGGACUACGAGAAGACAGAUGGUUUGCGACUGGUUGUCGAGUCUCCGGAUUCCUCCCACCUGACCAAAAGCAAGAAAAUAAGCAUGGCAAAGUGUGCCAAAGCCUGUAGCCGUAACAAAAGAUUACCUUUCAGCUGCAGAGCGUUCCUCUAUGAUCAUAAAAACAGGAAAUGCCAGUGGCUGCCGUUCGACAGGAACUCACCAGGAGUUCAGAGCCAACAGGACUUCAACUACCAACUGUAUCAAAAGAAAGACUAUGUGAGGGAGUGCAUUGUGGGUACAGGUCAGAGCUACAGGGGACGGAGGUCGGUGACAGUGAGCGGGAUCCUGUGCCAAGCCUGGGCCUCUCCUAUUCCUCAUGAACACAAAUUCAUGUCUAAGAAAUUCAGGAAGAAGGACCUCAGGGAAAACCUCUGUCGCAACCCAGACAACUCCACCGUUGGACCAUGGUGCUUUACCACUGACCCCAGCCCACACCUCAGACACCAGGAGUGUGGCAUACCACAGUGUUCACAGGUUGAAUGUAUGCACUGUAAUGGGGAAGAUUACAGAGGACCCAUGGACCACACAGAGAGUGGAAAGGAAUGCCAGCGCUGGGACCUGGAUGAUCCGCACAAACACCUGCACCACCCCAAGAGGUACCCUGACAAGGGCCUGGAUGAUAACUACUGUAGGAACCCAGACGGACGCCACAGACCCUGGUGCUUUACCACAGAUCCAAACACACCCUGGGAGUACUGCAACAUCAAAGUUUGUGAAACAACUCCUACAAGUGAUUUGGUGGAAACAACCGAGUGUUACCAGGGCAGAGGAGAGGUUUACAGGGGGACGGUAGACGUGUUGCCAACUGGACUCAUCUGCCAACGCUGGGACUCUCAGUAUCCCCAUAACCACACAUUCAUACCUCAAGCCUACCCCUGCAAGGACUUGGGAGAAAACUACUGCCGGAAUCCAGACGGCCGAGAAUUCCCAUGGUGCUUCACUACGGACCCAAGAGUCCGCACCAUGUUCUGCACCAACAUCCCUCAGUGCGGCACCCGAAACAAGCCUAGCAGCGGAACACUUCAAAAGCCGAUCAGCUCCAUGGCUUGGCUCCUGCCCAGGGGUCUAAGUGGUGAGAGGGGCAUGCUGACGGCUGGUCUGGAGGGAAACUACUGCAGGAACCCUGAUAAAGACAAACAUGGCCCCUGGUGUUACACCAACAACUCUGCCAUUCCCUGGGACUACUGCAAUGUAAAGCCAUGUGACGCUUCGCAGAACACCAUUCCACUGGGUGAGCUAUCCUCUGUGGGGUGUUUUGUCCAUAAAACAACCAGGAUCGUGGGAGGAGGUCCGGUGGGCAUAUCAGACGGCAGCUGGAUGGUCAGCAUACAGAGAGGGUCGCAGCACUGGUGUGGGGGUUCAUUAAUACGAGAGGAAUGGGUACUCACUGACAGACAUUGCUUCUCCUCAUGUGUUCCAGACCUCAGUGAAUAUCGGGUGUGGCUGGGAGUCUCAGAUCUUCAAGAUGGUGCUCCAGACUGGUCCAGGAGACAGGAAGUGAGCAUAGCUCAUGUGAUAUGUGGUCCUGAGGGCUCCAGUUUAGCCCUCAUAAGGCUGUCCAAGCCUGCCCUUCCUGCAGACAAUGUGCAUACACUUCAGCUACCCGUGGCUGGGUGCUCCAUACCAGAAGGAAAAAUAUGUAAAAUGUAUGGAUGGGGCGAAACAAAAGGCACUGGCCAUGAUGACGUGCUGAAAGCUGUUGACCUGCCCAUUGUCAGUAAUGUGAGGUGCAGAGAGAUGCACAGAGGGAACCUUCACAUCACCAACACCAAGAUCUGUGCAGGAGGCAGGAGGAAUGAGGGAGUGUGUGAGAGGGAUUACGGCGGCCCUCUUGUGUGUCAGGACGGUGAGAUCAGGGUUAUUGUUGGAGUGAGCGUCCAUGGCAGAGGCUGCGCUCGGUCAAACCAGCCUGGCAUCUUCAUCAAUGUGCCCUUCUACACACAAUGGAUCUACAAGGUGUUCAAACAUUACCCUAACCCUGAGACUCAGUAGAGAAGGAAACAGAACCAGGGGACUAAAUCAAAUGUAGAGCUUCUACUUCUGUAAAUACAGCUGUGCUCUCAGGACACCUGGUUUCUAUGUUGUUCAUGGCCCAUAGAUCCUUGAGAACCUGAUCUGAGCACCGUUAAAUGCAUGGGGAAACACUGUGAUUUAAAUACAUCAUAAACAGAUGCUGACUUACUGGUUAUUUGAUUGAGUUGGGAGCAAACAUUUAGUUCCCUACAUUUGUGAAGGUUUUUUUCUUUGCAAGCACGGCCACCAGAGUGGUGUGUGUCCGUGGUAAUACUCUUGAGUCCUGUCAUUACUUGAAUGUUAAAACACCAAAGUGCAGUGGUUCAGCAGCUCCUUUUGAAGAGUACAUCAAUGGGCCACUUAGAAAAACAACCCAGUGGUAGGGCAAUGUUAAGGGCACUCUUGUCAAGCUUCAUGUAUCUCCAGGGGGCUUAGAUAAAGUGGCCCUCACUGUACAUAGUAUUUUAAUGAGUGUAUUUGUGACACUCUAAUGGUUAUUUGGGUCUUAUAGAUCUAUGACAAGAGGAAUAAUGUUGAGGUAGGCAGGUAAAUGAUGUACAGUGUGUUAUCUGCGGUUCCAGUUUUCAGCCAAGAUUUCUCUUAUAAUGAUUUCAGCUGUACUAAAAACAUGACCAUUUUCAGUAUUAUAAUGUUAUCACAAAGCCACUGACUGUAUAUAUGAAUGUGCUCUUUUCAUUCUGUGUAGAUGAAAGGAAUGUAUGGCAGCCUAUAGGAUUUGAAAAAAAAGCAGAAAAUGUAACAUCAAUGUGUAAACAAGUUCUUUCCUCUUUUCAAUGUGGAAUAUUUUCCUCUAAAGCAGUGACAAUAUAGUUAGUGUGUGUGUGUGUGUGUGUGUGUGUGUGUGUGUGUGUG